GAUCGUUUGGUGUGUGCCAGACUUUUAAUGACCUUUUAUGAGACUGUCGUAUCAUCUACUCUUUCUAUACUGUCGUUUGUUGGGGUGAUGGGAUUUCUGACAGGGAUAAAAAUAAGACUCAACAAACCGAUUAGGAAGGCUAGUUCAGCGUGGGUGCCCUCUGCCCUCUGUAGAUGAAACGGGGCAAGAAAGGAUAAGGAAGCCGUCUUCCAUUAUGAAUCAUAAAUCUCACCCCCUCUAUGAAACAGUGUGGGCUAUGUGUAGCUCAUUCAGCAAUAGACACAUUUAUCUAUGUUGCUAAAAAGAGAGAUAUAGAAAGUCUUUCCUUCCAUCUGCCGUAAGACUGUUUAAUCUAAGUGAUUUGCUGUAAACUGUGCAAUAACGUUUGACAUGUUAUUUUUAGUUGGUGUAAAUGUUGUUGUUUUUUACAUUUAUUUUGUAUAUAUUUAAUUUAUUGUAUGUGUUGCUGCUGUGACAUGUGUAUCAUUUUCUUUCAGUGUACCAUACCACAAUACAAAAAAAAACAAAAAAAAAACAGAUUAAAUAAAUUGUAUAUAAAAGUCAUUGUUAACAUUUAAUAAGUCAUUCAAAUGAAUCAAAGCCACACACCCUUUAAUUCUAAUAACAUAGUGUUUUCUUUAAUUUAAUAUAACAAAAAAAAAAAUAUUUCUGUCAAAACUUCCUGGACAAAAGUAGACAUUCAGGUUUAUUUUGGGCAGAUGUCUGGUCCAGAAUUUUUGUCUUUCUUCCAGUGACCUUCAAUUUGUAACUAAAGGCCUCUCGGAGUUUCCAACAUUAUUAAUUCACCAGUUGGAAACAAUUCAAAUAUGUUGGUGGUUCACUCUCUCUUUCAGGGAAGUAAAUAUAAAAAACUCCCGCAGGCCAUUUUUUCCUCUUUGUUCUUCCUUGUUGCACCUAUUUGACUGACAGGCCAGAUAAGAUCUCAUUGUGGUGUAAUUUUUUUUUGUUUGUACACAUGUACAUCUGUUUACGUAUGCACGGAAAACCCUGUCUAGGUUGUUUCCACGUCCAACAGCCUAUAUAAAGCAUCCACUCUCACUGCUGCCCCACUUCACAUCUGACUCUUGCUCUGAGGAUCUCACACACACAGACACAGAGACAAUGACUCGGGUUUCAGCUAUCGUGAUCGUGAUGAUGGUCGUGGCUCUCAGUGUACUCUCUGCAGAUGCCUCAGCUUUGUCAUGUUGCAGAAAGUACACAAAAGGAAAUGUACCAAUGCAUAUCAUCAAAGGAUAUUCCAUUCAGUACAUGACAAGAAACUGCCACAUUAAUGCUGUAAUAUUCCACACAAACGGAGGCAGGAACAUUUGCACAGACCCCACCAAAGCAUGGGUGAUGGAGAGCAUCCGUAAACUGAGGGAGAAAGUGCAAGCGAUCAGCAAAAAACAUUCAAAAGUUUAAUUUUACAACUUCUGAAGUUAAACAGAUGUUACUACAAGAAUAAUUCUUUACGGAGGAGGAUCUAUUUCUUUAUGAAAUUUGCAUAUGUAUUCUGCAUAUUUGUAUAUGCAUGUUAUUUUGUACGAUUUGUUUGCUUGCUUUUUAAUUCAAUGCAUUAAAAUUAUUUUUUUAUGGAAAGUGAA